AUGGAGAUGGGACAGCCUUUCUCGGGGGUCCCCGUGACUGCGGGUGGGUUGCCUGCCUGGCUCUCGGCCGUUUUGCACAGGGUGUCCCUGCGCGCCGCUCACUCCGCCUCUCACUGCCUCUCCCCGGGUCCCCCGUGUCUCCGUGCUGGGCCCCGCCGCCCCGCAGACGUGUCCCGGGCCGUGGAGCUCCUCGAGCGGCUCCAGCGCAGUGGGGAGCUGCCUCCGCAGAAGCUGCAGGCGCUCCAGCGAGUCCUGCAGAGUCGUUUCUGUUCCGCCAUCCGGGAGGUGUAUGAGCAGCUCUAUGACACACUGGACAUCACUGGCAGUGCUGAGAUCCGGGCUCACGCCACAGCCAAAGCCACGGUGGCAGCUUUCACGGCCAGUGAGGGUCACGCACAUCCCAGGGUGGUGGAACUGCCGAAGACAGACGAGGGGCUAGGCUUCAACAUUAUGGGGGGCAAGGAGCAGAAUUCACCCAUCUACAUUUCCCGAGUCAUCCCCGGGGGCGUGGCUGACCGCCACGGAGGCCUCAAACGUGGGGACCAGCUGCUAUCUGUGAAUGGCGUGAGCGUGGAGGGCGAGCAGCACGAGAAGGCCGUGGAACUGCUGAAGGCGGCCCAGGGCUCCGUGAAGCUGGUGGUACGCUACACGCCCCGCGUGCUGGAAGAGAUGGAGGCCCGCUUCGAAAAAAUGCGCUCAGCGCGCAGGCGUCAGCAGCACCAGAGCUAUUCGUCCCUGGAGUCACGAGGCUGAAAUCACAGAUCUGAACCAACUACCCCUCUACACACCCAGCCGCGCCCCCACCCCCACCCCCACCCCCUGCUUCCUGCCCUUGUACAGUA